AUGUUUGCGUUCUCAGUUGUGAUUGACGGAAGCCCAGCAAUCCAGCUCCGAGCAAACAGGAACACUAAGAUUCAUAAGGCUUUAAGCCUUGUUCCAUCUUUAAAGAAUAAACUUGACGACAUUUUAAUAAUUUACGAUCAUAGAGUAAUAAAUCAAAAACAGACCAUAGCCGAGAUUGGCAUAAAAGAAGGAUCAAGCCUAGCAGUAUAUACACAAUCAGAGAACAAUCAAUAUUACAAUAGAAAGAAACUUUCUGAUCAGAUAGAAGAAAUCACAAUAGAAGCUAUAAAAAUCAUGGACUCGAAGAUAGAUAGAAUACUAGAUGAACCUAGAGUUGUGUCUUUAUGCAAUAACUUCUUCCAAAAUGAAGAGGAAGAAAUACAACCGAAACAAGAUGAUGUUUUCGAUCCUACGCUAUUUCCACAAGAGAAGCUUGUACCUCACUUAUCGACUGAACCCCUUCCAAUGGCUUGGAGAUCAGAACCACAAUAUGAUAUCUUUUCGGAGCCACAAGAACCAUCAUUUUCGUCUGUAACCGAAGCAAGAGAAUUCUAUAGCAAUCAACUUACAGAGCAUGGCUGGAACUGGUAA